AUGUCUGACAUUGAAAGUCCUCGUUUACGAGAAAAUAAUUCUUCAAAUCAUUCUCAAGACAUGAAAAUCGUCGCUAAAACUGAGGAUCUUCCCCAUUCGACAAAUUUAUUAUCUCUUCACAACAUUUGUAAUAUCAUGCAUUCUCAAUCAUCACCUUCUUUAUCACCUCAAUGGUUCGAUCCUUCUCCUAUUCAUCCUUCUUCACCAAGUGAAAAUUUAAAAGAUCAUAGAGAUCCUCUUGAUGACGCUCCUAAAUUUAAUGAACCAUCUACUACUGAAAUGAUUAAUUCUAAUGAUUAUAUGGAUCCUAAGUCUCAACAAGUUAUUGUUCAUAACAAUGAAGGUCAUAAUGAAGUUAUUCGUAGCGAUGAAGGUCGUAUAAUUGGUAUUCAUGAUCUUGCAGAUCUUGCAAUUAACCUUAAUCCAAGAUCAAUUGAGAAUGAUAUCCAAUCUGAUAUAGGUUCUCGAUAUCCAUCCUCAAAUUCUUAUGUUACAAAAACUGUUUAUAAUCCUUUAAUUAAUUCUCAAGAACAAACCGUAGAACGUCAAAAAGUUGAAAUUGAAACGGCUCAAUGUACGAAUCCAAUGUGUGCUCAAUGUCAUCAUUCAAAUUAUUCUAGUGCUCCUCAAUAUCCUUUUCCAAUGCAAUAUUAUAUGGCAUUGGCGAAUGGUAAUAUUUAUCAGCAAUCUCCUUUUAUUCCACCAACUGCGGUCUAUACUCCUUCACAAACUAUUCAAUCCCAAAUUUCAACAAAGAAUGAAUGUAAGGAAUGUACUGAAACUGUUAAACCAUCUCAACCUAAAAGAAGACGACGUAGAAAAACAAAAGCGACUAUCGGUUCACCAAUUAUUUCUGGUAUUGGUUCAUCUGGUCAAAGUAUUGAACAUAAAAGUAAAAAUGGUGAAAUUUAUCGUUGCUCAAAUUGUGGUGCGAGAGAAACACCUGCUUGGAGAAGAGAUCUUCGUGGUGAAGCAUUACUUUGCAACGCUUGUGGAUUAUAUUUGAAGGUUAAAGGAUGUCAUAGACCGACUGAAGUUGGUGUGGAUGGUGAAAUACGUUUGGUAAAAACCGAAAAGUCUGGUAUUGGUGAACCAAAAUGUCAAAAUUGUGGAACUCAAAAUACUCCUUGUUGGAGAGGACCCGAAGGAAGCAAACUUUGUAAUCGUUGUGGUCUUUUCUUGAAACAACAUGGAUAUCAACGUCCGGGCACACCACAUGAGAAAAAAGUUCCAUCA